CACGCAUGCAGCUGCAUGAGCAUGGGCAGGUGGUGCCAAUGGUCCAAGCCCAAUCCUUCGCCUAAAGCAAUAAUGAGCCGUGUGGUUGACGGUUCGGUGACAAAUGAGAUACUAUGGUACAUUUUUUUGACAGCUUUUCCAGUGAUCCAAGCCCAACCCUUCCGCUAAAGCAACGAAGCCGUCGUGGGGCAAGUCGGUGGCAAAGGAGAUGGUGGCAGACAGCUUUUCAUCCCCCCCGCAUUUUUGCCUUUCAGGUGAAACUGGCCGGCACUGCGGGCGUGCGGGUGGAGGAGCUCACGCCCCACCGAUCCGUCGUGAAAGUUGCCAACGUCCGACGAGUGCAGAACCACAUCGGGAGCGUGCACGCGUGCGGCAUGGCUCUCGCCGCGGAAUCCGCCACGGGAAUCCUGGUCGGCAUGAGCGUGCCCGACAGCCGGCUGCCCCUGUGCAAGAGCAUGGCGAUCGAUUUCACAAGGCUGUCGCAAGGCGAUGUAACGGCCGUGGCGGAGCUAAGCGAAGAGCAACUUACGGCCGUUCGAGACCAAGAGAAGGGGGAGGCGAAUGUACAGGUGACGGUUACAGAUGAAUCCGGGAAAGAGCCUAUCCGAGCGGAGUUCGUGUGGGCCUGGGUCCCCAAGCGACGGAAAAAAUAA